GUAGAACUCAACGAUACGAAAAAAUCAAAACACUGACAAACAAAGUCGACAAGGCUUUGUGGUUUUUCGAAUCGUAUGGACUGAAACCUUCUAGUUUGAAACUAACUACUGUAGCAGGAGAACCAGUCAAACAGUUAGAUCUAGCAGACAUAGAUGAUGAAACCCGUAGGAGCAUGGAUCUGGAGAAAAUGAAGGCAGUAUUAUUUAUUUUAGACAAGUUUAAAAUCAGUGACCAGGCUUACCAUGAAAUAGUUAGGAAAACCGAAGAUCUGCCACGGCUUCAUUCAAUCGUGAGUUUAAGAGAGAAGACGAAUAGUACAUUCGAAAUAUAUCGCACAACAGGCAAUAUUCCAGGUGCAUAUGUCAGCCUUAAGUCAGAGCUGGAGAAUUGUUUUAAAAAAUUUGAAACAUUGCCAUCAGAGACAAUAAAAAUAAAAAUAUCAGGGGACGGUACACGAGUUACUCGAAUUUCGAAUUUUAUCGUUUUGUCAUUUUCUAUUAUAAGUGAAACAGCAAAAUUGUCUGCAGACGAACAAACUGUUUUAGCUAUUGUGAAAACCUCAGAAAGCUAUGAAAACCUUUCUUCAUCUCUACAUCCAGUUUUCAGUGAAAUAAACGAACUGUACCAUUCAGGAAGUAUACAAAUCAAUGAAAACAUUUACAAAAUUCAGCUUUUCUUUGGGGGAGAUAUGAAAUUUUUGCAAAUAUGUUUAGGAAUUGGCUCAUCGACUGGGGAGUAUGCUUGUGUGUGGUGUAAAGUUUCGAAGUUUGACAGAGGAGACAUCAGUAAGCCAUGGAACUUUUACUUAGCAUCCGAUAUGAAGCGAUCCAUUUCCGAGACAACAGUACUAUCUCGAUCGUCGAAGAAGGGAUAUGGAGUAAAGCACAUCCCUCUGCUCACGUUUGAACCAGAACACUGUGUCCCAGAUGAACUUCAUCUAUUUAUGAGAAUAUUCGAUGUUUUGCUCCGUAAUGUGAUCGACGACGCUAGAAAUAAAGAUAUUAUGGCUGAUGUAAACGAAGAAAAGGGGGAUUAUCUGGAAUUUUUAGUAGCCAACAUCCGAAAAUGUGGUGUCUCCUUUGAUACUUGGACAGCUAAAGGACAGACUGAACUCGAUUGGACGUCUCUUUGUGGAGCAGAUAUGAAAAAAGUUAUGAAAAGUUUACCCGACCUGCUUAUGUUCGUUAUACAUAACGAAACCCAUGACACAGUUGUUAAAAUUUGGAAAGAUUUUUGGCAUAUUUACCAGUAUAUUUGCUCAAACGAAUGCGAGAGGCGUACCGGAGAGGCAACAUCCACUCUUGUUAAGGACUGGAUAACUCUUUUUUUGAGUUUGAACGGGAAAAGGAAAGGCUAUGGUCCACUAAACAUUACCACGUAUAUCCACUGUCUGAUCUACCACGUCCCGUUCUUUGUCUCGACAUAUGGAAGCUUAAGACAGUUUAGCGGCCAACCAACAGAAAAAAUCAACGACAGUAUCAAAACGAUACAUCAUGCAAAAACUAAUUUCCAAGAUUGCACAGUGGAUGCCCUGAAAGUGAGAAAGAGAAUUGAGAUGAAUUUAGGUAACGAAAGAACAAGACGUCCAUAUGAAAAGAAAAAAGCAGACUAUUGGGAAGAUACAAUCAAAUUUAUUCGAACAAAGAAAAAAGCAUCCAUCCUUCAGGAAAUCAAAGAGGCCAACAAGCAGAAACAACAUGACGAUGAGGACCGGCUAUUAGACAAUUUCGACGAAAUGACAAUUUCAGACAUUAAGGGAAAAUUGAAAGGACUCGGUGUUACUACCAAGUUACGGAAAAAGGAAAAGUUACUCGAACUUUUAAAAGAUUCUUUAAAGAAAUAAAUUCAAUUCAUUGUAUCAUACCAAUUUAUAUUCAUAUUUUGAUUUCAUGGUUUUUAUUUUCCCUAUUGAAUGUACAUUAUUGUUUUAACCUUUUUCAGAUAUUUUUUUUGUAAAGCCUGUCAUUCUUUUAAUUCAAAUAACCUAAACAGAUAGGAAUAUAAAGAUAUGUCAAAAGACGAGGAGUAUAAUGCUCGAUGUAUAAUCUAACUUUUGCACAUUUUGUGCAUUUUAAAACAGGUUUGGGAAAAGAUACUCUAUUAAAUACUAGUAUUUUUGUUUUGUUAAUAUGUUUUUAUCAUUUUAUCUAUUUGCGUUAGAAUUUUUUUCAGGUGAAAUUUUGGGUUUUUGGUCAAAUAUUCGGACGCCUCGUUUUUUCCUAAGAAUACAGAUUAAAAUAGUUUGCCCUAAAUCACCCACUUUUCUUAUUAUAGAAGAUUUCGAAUCAAUCAUAAAGGUCGUUUACAUGAUAGUUUACGCAGAUUAUAGAUUUCCUUUCUUACGAUUUGAGACCCAAAUAAUGACAAUGCUUGAAACUUUUCCCGUCA